AUGCAGCGCGCCUUUCACUCCCUCCGAGUGCGCGCCUUCUCCACAUCGGCGCGGCGUCACGAGAUCAAGGAUGUUGCAUCUCUGGCGACGCGCUUGAUUCCCAAGUACCAAGAGUCUUCCGAGGGCGAGCUGCUCUCUCUGCAGUGGCCGGCACCACUGCGCAAUGUCCUGAUCGUGCGAAAGGACUGUGCCCCGGCGGUGACAGAUUCCCUCGUGGAGUUUGCAAAUCACAUCUCCUCUACAUAUCCGUCCAUCUCCGUGGUCCUUGAAUCCAAGACCGCCAACGAAGUCCAUUCGUCCUUACCAUUCCCCGUCUAUUCGGCCUCGUUGGACGAUCGACCGACUGCCUUUCAUGAUAAGGUCGACCUCACUGUGACCCUGGGGGGAGAUGGCACGAUUCUACACGCAUCCUCGCUCUUCGCGACCUGCUCCAACGUCCCGCCGGUCUUGUCAUUCAGUAUGGGAACGUUGGGAUUCUUGAGUGAAUGGAACUUCUCCGAAUUCAAGCGGGCCUUUCGGGAAGUUUACAUGUCCGGGGCUGGCGGCGGGGACCGGGCACCCGUAUUGGACCGUAUCGAAAAGACUGCGGCCCAAGAAGAGCUGCGGAUGGGCCCUACCGGCUGGUCUUCGGUCCGGGGCAAGUCAAUGGGCUCGACCCGGGGUGCCCGCAUCCUGAUGCGCAACCGAUUGAAGGUCGGGCUGUUUACUGCCGAUGGGCAAGAGACGACGCCGGUUCGCGGCAAGACCGACCAUGGACAGGGCGUCUACGUGAUGAACGAGCUGCUCAUCCAUCGUGGCAAGGAGCCACACCUGGCCGUGGUGGACGUGUACGUCGGGGGCCGGUACCUGACCGAAGCGGUGGCCGACGGCAUCAUCAUCUCGACGCCGACAGGGAGUACUGCCUACAGCCUGAGCAGCGGCGGGAGCAUCGUGCACCCGCUGGUGCCCUCGAUUCUCCUCACGCCAAUUUGCGCGCGCAGUCUCAGCUUCCGGCCUCUAGUGCUGCCAUCCAGCACACCCAUCACCUUGCGGCUCAGCGAGAAGAACCGCGGACGGGAGCUAGAGGUCAGUCUGGACGGCGUCAACCUGGGCCAAGGGAUGGCGGUCGGCAUGGAGGCCCGAGUGUGGAAUGAGGAGAUGCGGCACGGCAAGAAUGAGUGGCAGGGCGGCGUACCCAGCGUGAUGCGGCGUAGUAUGGGCGGCGAGGCGCAUGAGGGCUGGGUCGGGGGGUUGAAUGGGCUGUUGAAGUUCAACCAUGCAUUUGGCGAGGACUCCUCCUCUAACACCUGUGGCAGCCCCAUGUAUACGCCGGAUCAGUUCAUGAAUCCAGGCCCAGCCCCGCGCCCGCCGGGGGAACGCCCCAAGUUGACGCUGCCCACCAGCAACAGCAAUGUGGCCACCUCGUUCAACCAGAUGUCUCUGAAUUCGCCCUCAACCCCCGGAUCCGCCAACUUGUCACUGUUUCCCAACACCAGUAGCCCAUCCCUCACGCAGACCAGGAGCCAGCAGAGGGGCGAAGGCGGGUUCGCAAUCAUCAAGGAGGGAUACGUCCGCUGCAAAGAAGACAAGUUCUUGGCCACUUGGAAUCAACGCUAUUUGAUCCUGCGGGAAUACAAGCUGGAAUUCCUCAAAAAUGAAACGGGCAAAGUGGCCAUCUCCUUCCCGCUCUCGACGGUGACCGCCGUGUCGCGUUCCGAGGACACCAAGAUGGCUUUUGAGAUCACGCGGUUGGCCAACCCCAAAGACGCUCAAUCCAAAACUGCCCUGAUCACCCGCGACCUGCCAACCAAAACUAUCACCUGUGAGGUCAAGACGGAUGAUGAGAUUUAUGAGUGGAUAGACAAGAUCUAUGAGCGCUGUCCGGGCAUGGGCGGGGUCAGCAACCCGACCAACUUCAGCCAUCGGGUCCAUGUUGGCUUUGAUCCGCAGACGGGCGGCUUUGUUGGCCUACCUCCAGAGUGGGAGAAGCUGUUGACGGCCUCUGCCAUUACCAAGGAGGAUUACAAGAAGAACCCCCAGGCGGUCAUUGAGGUGCUCGAGUUUUACUCCGAUAUCAAGAUGCGGGAACAAAACCCGCAGUACUAUGCUGGAAUGGGUGGCGCUCCGGCUGGUCAAGGAAAGCCGUACGGCAAUAACACAGUCGGCAGCUCGAUCGCGCCGCCACGACCUCCCCCGCCAGGGCCUCUUCAGCGUCUGGACAGCGGACAAUCCAAGCAGUCGACCGACGGCUCUAUGCGCUCGGCCACCUCUUCUCCCGGGCAAUCAUCGAAUAACUUGGAGUCUGACCGUGCAAUGGAACAGCAGCAGCAAUUGGAGCGUAUGAAGGAGUUGGCCGAGCAGGAGCGUCGCCGAGUAGCAGAGGAGGCUCGUCUGAAGGAGGAGCAGGAUGAAUAUAAUGCCUCGAUUCCAAAGACACGAACACCGAUGGCCAAGCAGGAGCUCGGUGGCUACGGCGGAAGUGAUGAUCGCUAUAAACCUAGCCGCCCAGCUCCGCAGGCUCCCGGUGGAGGAGCUCGUGGCCCUCCUCAGGGCCAGCUGACUGCGCAGCGUCCUGCACCGCCGCCCCCAUCUUCUUCGCAGAAUCCAUAUGGGCAACCUCCCCGAACCCCUGGUGGUGGAUCCCGCCCCGAUGACCGCCAGUAUUCUCCCAACGACCCUCGUGCUCAAGCAAACCGCCCGCAGAACAAUGGCAACAAGGGACAGCAGGCGCAAGGCCCACCGCCAACCCGGUUGCCGGCCCCUGUGCAACCUGUGAAGCCGCUCAACAUUGCCAACAAGAAUACCGGCAACAAGCAGACGCCUGAUGGCGUCCGCCAAGCGGAAGCCGCCUUGACCAAGAAGCCGGAGCCCCGGCAGAAGGAGGUGCGCAUGUCGGCCAUGUCGGAGAACGAGGUUAUGGAUCGGCUGCGGGCAGUGGUGUCCAAGGACAACCCAAAUGACUCGUAUAGCAAGCAGCGCAAGAUUGGCCAGGGUGCGUCUGGGUCCGUGUACGUGGCACGCGUUAAGGAGCACGCGACCUCGUCUGUGGCACACGAACUCUACCGGCAGUACGGCCCUCGGUGCCAAGUGGCCAUCAAGCAGAUGGAUCUGCGCAGUCAGCCCCGAAAGGAAUUGAUUGUCAACGAAAUUAUCGUCAUGAAGGACAGCCAGCACCCCAACAUUGUCAAUUUCCUGGACUCCUUCUUGCAGGAGCAGAGCAAUGAGCUCUGGGUCGUUAUGGAAUUCAUGGAAGGUGGCGCGCUGACCGAUGUGAUCGACAACAACCAAGUGAUUCAAGAAAAUCAGAUUGCAGCAAUCUGCGCUGAGACAUGUAAGGGUUUGGCCCACCUGCACAGCCAGAACAUCAUCCAUCGCGAUAUCAAGAGUGACAACGUCCUGCUCGACCGCGCCGGCCACGUCAAGAUCACCGACUUCGGCUUCUGCGCCAAGCUGACUGAGUCGAAGAGCAAGCGCGCCACGAUGGUCGGCACGCCCUACUGGAUGGCUCCCGAAGUUGUUAAGCAGAAGGAGUACGGCCCCAAGGUGGACUGCUGGUCGCUGGGUAUCAUGGCCAUUGAGAUGAUCGAGUCCGAGCCGCCAUACCUGAACGAGGAGCCGCUGAAGGCACUGUACCUGAUCGCUACGAACGGCACGCCCCGUCUGAAGAAGCCCGAGAAGCUGAGCAAGGAACUCAAGGCCUUCCUGAGCGUUUGUCUCUGCGUCGAUGUCCGCAGCCGUGCCACGGCGGACGAGCUCCUGGCCCAUGAAUUCCUGCAGACUGGCUGCAGUCUGGCCAGUCUGGCUGAGUUGCUGCGGUGGAAGAAACCCAGUGGCCAGUAA